UAGUAUAUCGAUAGCCAUCCCUACAACUGACUCAGAUCGACUUGGUGGCUGACUUUUUCUACGAAAAUUUUGUUAAUACUACUACGUAAAUCAUUGGACUUAGCGUUACGCAAAACCAGACUAAAAAAGUGCGGGCGACUAUAUAUACAUACAUAUACACAUAAACAAAGUGCAACGUGUGCAGCAGAAGCCGCAUAAGUAACACGCCCCAAUAGCAAAACAAAAGGUGGAGAGAGUGUACAAGAGAGAGGCGAGGAGAGGUCAGCAAACCCGCAAUUAAGAAAAAGUCGACACGUACAAGAGUUGAAACAGCAGCAGCAGCGGCCGCACCAACAAAAAUAGUAAACAUGUCAUCCGGCGAUUUUGGCAAUCCGUUGCGAAAAUUCAAAUUGGUGUUCCUCGGCGAGCAAAGUGUGGGGAAAACGUCGCUGAUUACACGGUUCAUGUAUGACAGUUUUGACAACACCUACCAGGCGACAAUUGGUAUUGAUUUUCUAUCUAAAACGAUGUACCUGGAGGAUCGGACUGUGCGAUUGCAAUUAUGGGAUACGGCGGGUCAGGAGCGUUUCCGUUCGCUAAUUCCCUCCUAUAUACGCGACUCGACAGUCGCUGUGGUUGUCUACGAUAUCACGAACACAAACUCAUUCCAUCAGACCUCCAAAUGGAUCGAUGAUGUGCGCACGGAGCGUGGCAGUGAUGUCAUCAUCAUGUUGGUGGGCAACAAAACGGAUCUGUCUGACAAACGUCAAGUGUCCACCGAGGAGGGUGAGCGCAAGGCGAAAGAGCUAAAUGUGAUGUUCAUCGAGACCAGCGCCAAGGCCGGUUACAAUGUGAAACAAUUGUUUAGGCGCGUCGCGGCGGCGCUGCCCGGCAUGGACUCCACGGAGAACAAGCCAUCUGAGGAUAUGCAAGAGGUUGUGCUUAAAGAUUCGCCCAAUGAGACUAAGGAUCCCGAAGGUGGUUGUGCCUGCUAGAACUGGGCACUUACCCAAUUACCCCUCAGCUCCCUCCCAACCACUACCACUACCACCACUAGCCUACUAUCCGCACAACCUUCGCUGCAACCUCGAAAAGAUUCACACAUUGACACACACGCUGGCGCGACGGGGUUUAUAACAGGUGUAUGUGGGCAACAGGCUAAAGAUGAACAUGCAACAGAAAACAGAAACCAGGCUAAACAUGAGAUGCAGACAUACACACAAUUUUAUGUUUAAGUUUAUUUAUAAAAAAUAACUAAAAACAAGAGUAUAAAACAAAAUCAUAGCAAAACAUAAAUAGACUAAAAACUAAUUUAACGCAAUCGGCUAACUAUGUACGUUAAAUGCAUUGCAUUGCAAUAUAUAAGUAUGCGCCAAAUCCUAAUCUCCAAGCUAAGAGUUAAGCUCUGUUCAGACGUACCCAACAACUGGGAAAAACUAAGUUAUUUCCUGUUCCCAUGUAGAGCGCAAUGACAGUGGUCACUCGCAAAGCGAAAUGCUUCGCUUUCAGAACAGAACAAAAAAAUAAAUAUAACAUCUGGAAUAAUGAGGAGAAACGGAGAAAAUGUCAAAGUAUAUAUAUCUUAAAUCUAAAAGUUCUCAUUUUCGAGUGACCACUGUAUUAUCACCAUAUAAUAUCUGGCAUGAGCUAUAGAAAUAAAACAAAUCAUGUACUAUUGGAAUAAUUUGUCUCUGGCAAAUCUAUGCCAGACUAUGCCAAGCUCUAAGCAUUCCCUAGCCAAUCUGGCACGUGUGAGCUCAGCUUAACGAACUCUCCCAAAUCUUGUACUUACAACAAAAGAAAAGAGACCAAACCUUGAGCACACGCAAGAACAUUCCACAUUGUGUACUGGUUGCCCCAUUUUCCCCCCCCC